CAUUCGGAAAGAAGUUGCCGGACAUGGCAUUCCCUCGAAUUCUUAAUUGGCAUUUUUCACAAGUGCCAAGAUUUGAGAAGGCCACUGAACUCUUCGAUCAUCGUGAUUAUCCCGUUCAUGGCUUAAUGAAUGUGACUGAAGUUGAGCAUGCAUAUAUCGGCAACUUGGCAUUGGAUGUACAUCAUGACAGUACUCCAUACAAUGUUGCACCUGCUGUUCGAGACAAGCCACCACAGGCAAGUCAUGAUGAAAAAGAUGAAGGUAUUCCACUUACAAGAAGUGGAAUAAGUAAGAAACGGAAAGAGGCGUCUGUGGAAAUUAUGGGAAAAGGAGGGAGGCGGCGAAUGGGACAUAAGCCGACAGACCAGCCUUCUUCAUCGACUGCAGGAGUUGCUGCUCAUGUUCAUGUUGAACCAACGACUCCAUCCCAACCUCCAACGACUCCAUCCCAUGAUGAGGUACCUUUGAGAGAGAGAUUAACAAUCCUUGAAGGCGAAGUGGCUAGUGUACGGCAAGACGUUAAGGAUUUACGAAUCGCCAUGCUUAGAGAGUUUGCAAGUUUGGACACCAAGCUUGAUAAGUUAAUGAAGCACCAAGGAGUGGGAGUUAGUGCUGACGGGUUGGGAGAUGGGAUGGACGGUCAAGGGGAUGAAAAUAAAGGAGAGUAUGGUCCCGAUGCGACCCCCGUUGAUAGACAGUCACAGCCAUAUGUUGACGACGAUGCAGGACCAAGUGUUACGAUUAUUGAGAAAGUGUCUCCAUCAAAGUUUCCUGCCGGGAGACGUGCUGCUAAGCAAAACAUAGAUAUUGGGAGGAGGGAUAGGAAGGCGGCAGCAGCUAUUACAACUCCUUAUAGUGUCGGAGGCUUGCGGAAAAAACUACAGCGCACUUUACUUGGUGCAUCUUCUACUUUGAAGUUCGACCCAUACAAACCAGUACCUACACGACUUGUAAAAAAUUUUGACAAAUUUAUGAUGUCUGGUUGGGCAUCAAAGGUUGAUAUGGACAUUUUGACUGUGGGUAAAGACUUUUUCCAGUUGCUUAUAAACAGUGAGAAGUGGCUGAAUCACGAUCAUAUGGAAGUCCUGCCUUACCUAUUUCGUGUACGUGCCAAUCAAUUUCCUGAUAUUUUUGAUCCUAGUUUUGAGGUGCUAGAUGGAGGAUUUUGGGUAUACAUUGAGCAAUGUCAUGGAAAGUUCAUCGACAAUCCAUCUAAAUUCCAAUUCUCAUACGCAAUGCAAGAAUAUGGCACGUGGACUUAA